AUGACGACACUUUUCAUUAUUGGAACAGAACCACAAAAUAUUGCUGAAAAUUCGGCACAGGUCGAUGUCUUUGACCGAAUCAUUACCCUAAAAGAUGUUGAUUCGUUAAUCGACAAAAUAUACACUGAUAGGCUGGCACCUAGGUUAAAGGCAUUUGCCUAUGAAACAUCACUCUCUGUAGUUUGUUUUAAUGGCAAUAACAUUAGUGGGAUUUCUCCAGAUAACUUGGAUCGAAUACUGAAAAGGUUUUUGCCUGCACUGAAUAUAACUGUGGUACAGUCUAUUGAGUUUUUGAAUGAUAAAGAUUUUAUGGACUCCAUUAGAAACAAUAAAGUUAUAGGAAAUGACACUAUUUUACGGAUAAAUCAUUGGGUGUAUCACCAACAUGACAAGCCAACAGGGGAUAGUAAUGACACAUGUUAUACAAAUUUAUACUCAUUGAUGAGUCAUUUAACAACUUCAAAUAGUUUCGCAAAAAAUGAACCGAUUCCUAGAAUUAUCAGGAAUAUAAAUUUCAGGGAGUAUUUCAAUGAUAUAUAUGGACAAUAUGAUUCCGACACGGUAAUGGAGAAGCAUUUCAUUGAUACCUUAAGCACAUGGAACUUCUGUGCCAUAAAAUUUACAACAAAAGAACUAAUAUUAUGUGCUUUUUUUCUCCUAAGAAGUCUUUCUAAAAGAGCCAACGUCUUGAUAUCAGAUAAUAAGCUGCUAUUAUUGCUGAUAACAAUCGAAGCAUCAUACCAUCAAAUAAAUAAGUUCCAUAACUUUAGACACGCUGUUGAUGUCAUGCAGGCCACAUGGCAGAUCUGCUCAAACUUAGGUGGAAACGGUUCUAUUGAUCUAUCUCCUCUAACUGUUCUAUUACUAUCAAUGUCUGCAAUUGGGCAUGAUAUAGGGCAUCCUGGGACUAACAAUCAAUUGUUGUGUCAACAUGAAUCAUUCCUUGCAACAAAUUUUGACAAUAAAUCGGUUCUAGAGAACUUCCAUAAUACACUAUUUCAAAAUCUACUGGUCGAUCAUUGGCCACAAAUACUUAAAGCGGCAAGAUAUAAAACCGUUCAAAGUGGAGAAAUUAAUGUGACAGAUAUUCCAUUUGUUAAUUUAAAGAAAUCCAACAACAUUAACGAGAAUGAUGAUAAUGAUAAAAAAAUGACUAUCAAUGUAAUCACCAAUGCAAUCCUAGCUACUGAUAUGGCAAUGCAUGCUAAAUAUGUUGAUAAGCUUGACGAAUUGCUGAAAGUACCGCAGCAUUUAUUACCAUUACCGACACUCAUAGCAGUUAUUAUUAAAGCAGCUGAUAUAUCCAAUGUGACAAGACCUCUCAGUAUAUCAGCAAGGUGGGCAUUUCUCAUUACGCUUGAAUUUAAUGACUGUAGUCUUUUAGAUAAAUAUGCCUCAGAUGUGAAGGAAGAUGGCACAUCUUCAAAAACAGCAUGUUAUAACUCAAAUGGCAAGCAGAGGGUGACAGAUCCAGAAUACUACAAAAGGAACUCACCUGAGUAUAUUGUUGAUCUUGUACUAAAUCGCGAAGAAGAAGACGAUGAGAAAUACUUGAAAAGGUUAUUACAAAGCUAUCCUAAUAUACCGCAGGGACAAAUUUUCUUUAUCAACACAUUUGCUGGCAAGUUUUUUGGAAGGUUAGGAGAAUUGUUCCCAGAGCUGCAAUUUCUUUCUAAUAACGUCAAUUCCAAUAAAUCGUACUGGGAAUCAAUGGUUGCUAAGAACUAG